ACAAGAGGCAAGAAACGAGAGACAAACAUGAAAAAAUUGUUUUCUAAAAUCGAUUCUAACAGUCAGCAAAAUCCUCAUAUAGGAAAGGUUUUUACUGUUGGGAAGUUUCAGGUGACAGUUGAAGAUGUCAUUGCUCAAGGAGGAUUUGCCGUGGUAUUUCUGGUCAAGGCUGGCAAUGGGAACAGAUAUGCACUCAAAAGAAUGUUUGUCAACAAUGACCAUGAUCUUGCAGUCUGUAAGAAAGAAAUACAUAUAUCUAGAACUUUGAGUGGUCACAAGAACAUCAUCAAGUAUGUGGAGUCGUCAGUUACUGUCACCCCCAACAAGGUGUAUGAGGUGCUCAUCUUGAUGCAGUACUGCAGAGGGAGUGUGAUACAGCUGAUGAAUGACCGUAUCGGGCAGGGCCUUGGCGAGCGCGAGGUUGUGCGCAUCUUCUCAGAUGUGUGUGAGGCCGUGUCCCGGCUCCACCACUGCCAGACACCCAUUAUACAUAGGGACCUUAAGCUAGAGAAUGUGCUGAUAUCAGACGAGGGCCACUACGUGUUGUGUGACUUCGGGAGUGCCACAGCCCGCAUUCUCGACAAGGACCAGCAUGACAUCAAACACAUAGAAGACGAAAUACAAAAGUACACCACAAUAUCAUACAGAUCACCAGAGAUGGUGGACCUGUACGGAGGAAAGUCUAUCACCACCAAGGCUGAUAUAUGGGCGUUAGGAUGUUUGCUGUAUCGGCUGUGUUUCUUCACCCUUCCAUUUGGGGAGAGUUCCCUGGCAAUACAGAGUGGGAAGUUCACAAUCCCAGACGACUCUCGCUUCUCCAGGAGCAUACACAUGCUCAUUGGUUACAUGUUGACAGAGGACCCAGAGAAGAGGCCAGACAUUUUCCAGGUCUCUCAUCUCGCCUUCCAGCUGGCACGUAAAAACUGUCCUGUACCAAACAUGAAUGGAGCUCCAAUCCCAGACAUGAGGUCACUGCCAGUUCCUCUGACAGAGAGCGAGGCCAGGGAGGUUAAAAACCCAGUCAGGUCAGCAUCUGUGAGCACAUCAGAGGGCACCUCUACAAUUAUUGCCCCUCGCCAGAGACCCAAGGGGCAGAACUCUGCAAGUACAAGUGCAGGGAUCGCUCCCCCUGUCCAGACCUCUAUAGCCCCACGGAGGAGGCCACAAGCUGGAUCAGAACCAACCUCACAACAACAAUCUAUGCAGCCACAGCAACAAAUACAACAACAGAAACAACAACCGGCUUCUCAACAACAACAUCAGUUUAUGCAACAACAACAACAGUCAACGGCCUCCAUAAAGCUGGCCCCUGGUGCUGGGUACCAGGCACAGGCAGGUGGAGGGGCCCAAGCGGGUGUGUAUUACCAAGCCCCUGCAGGCGUCACCCCCCAGCAGUACCACUUCUACCUGCAACAGCAGCAGCAGAUGCUACAGCAGCAGUAUCGGCACCUCACACCACAACAACAGACUCAGCUACAGCAACAGAUGGUGUAUCAGCAGCAGCAAUACCUGAUAAUGCAGCAGCAGCUACAGCAGCAGCAGGCCGCCCAGCGGUCGCGGCCGUCAGAGUCGUCGGACGAGGAUCAGUUUAACUUGUUACUUCAAGAACGGCUGCAGGUGUCCGCCCCUGUGACCACGGCGACAACUGCAGGCCCUAGUUCUGGUGCUGUGCCCACCCAGGCCGCAAACUCAAGGCACCAAGAGCAGCUGAUUGUAUUCAGCGACAGUGAGACAAACACCAACCAGAAUAAUCAGCAAACAUUCCAGGAGGCUCGCCUCAAAACAAUACCAAAUAAACCGCCCAAACCUCCAAAACAGGUUACAACCAGUCAAACUCUGAUAUCAAUCACACCACCCACCUCCCCAAAACCAGCGCCUCGUUGUCACCGGCGCAAUGUGAGUGACACAUCAGGCUACCGGAUGGGCGGGCGGGGCAGCGCAUUCCGGGCAUAUGGAGGAACCGGGGGCGAUUCACUCAGUGUUGUGUUUGAUCACAAGUCCAAGUCAGCCACCACCAGUCCUGUCAACUCACCACCAAGGACACUGGCAUCAAUGGCGAGGACCAUGUCGAUGGAUGAGUGGAAUCCGUUUGAGGAGGAUAACUUUGGUAAUGAAACAGAGGACUCAAUAUUUGGGAAGGAGUUUGACAAGCUACGCCGGGGAUCCAAUAGCAGUAUAUCGAACGUGAAGAGCCGUGAAGACCUGGUUAUGUCUGGCUCUGACUCCUCCACUGAUCCAUUCCAAAAUGCCCCCUUCAAGAAACAUGAUUUGGAGACAGACAGUGAUUUGAGUGAUGGGGAUGAGGCUGACACUGGUGAUACCAUGGAUACAGAGGCCCCGCAGCCCCGCACAGGAGACAAGUUCUCCUCCAACCCACUCUACCGGGCAGCAUUUGCCAUGGCAACCAAGUAUAACAAACUGGUCGAUACUGGCGAUGAUGAGUAUGACCAAGGAGAGGGGAAGAAACUCAUUGUAAAGGAUAAUGAUGACAAUGAAGAGAAAAACAAGAACAAAAAGUAUAACAAACUGUUAAAUGAUGAAGACAAUGAAAGAACUGCUAAACCGAAGAAAUCAAAAGUUAGUAAUAACCAAGUAAGUGUGAAGAAAAUAAAAGAUGAAAGUGCUAAAGAUCAUACUGACACUUUGACAGUACAAAAACCAUUACCGAAGAAUACUCACAUAACACCAUCUGGACAGGUGAUCAAACCUCGUAAAAGAAGAGAGUCAAGCUCCUCACAUGCAGAUGAGGAUGGUAUUUGUGAACUGAAAGGCACUGAAUUUUAUUACAGAGAACUAGAUGAUGAGUAUGGAAGCCGGCCAAGUGCUCAUCUUACAAAGAAAGACCAUGAUGUUAUCUCCAUGGUUUCAACCUCCAGUCAAGAGUAUGAUCCCACUCCCAAACAUGUGCCCAUUCCUGCCCCUAGAAGGAGCGUAUCCGAGCCGGAGGUUGAGAGCACCCCUCCAGAGAAACCGGACCCUAUCAUUGGACAUGAGCAUGGGGUCAGACCCCUGCUGGAUGAUGAUGAGCUUGAGGAUGCAUAUGGUGGUCAAGGUCCAAGCCAGAGUGGACAAAAGGCACCUGAACUAAAGGAGGAAGAGGUUGAGAACAUCUCCUCCCCUUACACAUCAGUACCCACCUCCCCUGACCUCAGGUCUGAGACCACUGACAUAUUUGGAGCUGCACCAUUUAAGAAGAAAACUGUACGCAGAAAAAGGCCAAGUUCUGGUCUCCACACAGCUGUUGACACAAAGACAGAAAUCACAAAACCUGCAGUAGCAGGCAAACCAAUGGUUCCGCCAAAGCCACGCUUGCCAUCGAAAUCUUCCUCCACAAGAGAUGACAGCCAAAAGCCAACCCCUGCCGCCAGAGCUAGAAACAAAAGACACAGUUCUGGAGGAGAUAUGAGGCAGGGACUUCUGGCCAGGAGUGAUGACAGUGACAGUGGUGAGAUGGUAAAUGACAUUUUUGGCAAUGCUCCAUUCAUGAAAAGGUCUUCCAGUUCUACAGAUGCAAUUUUGCACUCAGCUUCCCCACAUUGUGACUUUGUAAAAGGAUCUUAUCCAGAUCAUAGAAAUGGUGUUACCAAUAGUUUCAGUGCAGACAGUCUCAAUUUCAGACCAGAGCAUGUUCAAGACUCAUUUGGAGCUGUACCAUUUGAUUCGAUGCACUCUAAAUCUUCAACAUUAGUGAAUAAAUCUGCUGAAACCAGUGUUAAUAAAAAUCCUGCAUUCCAAAAAAUCCCUUAUCAAACCGUCUGUACAGUAACUGAAGUGACCAGCUUACAUAAACAAUUUGUAACCAAACCAGAAAUCAAGCAAAUGUUCACAGAUACAAAGCCUCUGGCAACCUUACCCCCUAAUGUUAAACGAGAGUCCUCAAAAAUGCGAGACACAAACAGUAACAUCCCCUCACCAAAUUACCAGAAGUUCAAAGAUUUGUAUGACUCGGAUGACUCGGAUGAUGAUGACGAGUUUGCUCUGACAGAGAAGAUAAAACAUCAGAAAGCUAAGCCUUCCCGAAGUCCCAGACCUGCAGAUAGAGACAUUGAAAAAUCAGCUUUCUCCAACAUGAGCUUCAAUGAUGAGUUUGAGGAUGAAGAAAACGAGAUUCCCGGAGCAGGAAUGUCUGCCUCCAUACAUGAGGGUGCUCUACAGCCUGUACAGGGAGCGGCAGGCCAUGGUAUGGGGGUGCAAAAGUCUCACACCUCGAACUUCACCAAGGAACCUUCCCCUGUAAACCAAGACUCUGUGAAAGCAGGAGGCUAUGAUACAUUCACUUGGCCCAGAAAACGACACAAAAUCCCAAUGAAACCCCAUGCAACUGCUGAACCAUUUACUGUUAAGAAAAAAGUGGAAAGUAUAUUUAAAUGAGUUAUACUUACAGUAGAUACUUCUAUCCAUGUAUCACUGAUUAGUUUGUGUCAUAAUAAUUAAGCAUAUGAUGUGUUGUCAUUAAUAACAAUAUGUGUUUGUUUUUCUCCUGUUAACUUCUACUCAUGUACAAUGGUGUCCAUUCCAUGUUUGUGAAGUUGUUGGGUAUUACAACUCAUGAUAAAAAUAUCUAGUACUGGAUGGCUGGAUCAGUAGACUGGGACAGUAGUGACAGACUCCAUGGAGCUUCAGUAUAAACAAGAUAUAUGCCUAUCAAAUGCAGUUGAUACGAGUCAUUGGAAACUAGCAUCAUCUUGUAGCGAGUGAGCUUGUAACAAUAUGGUACAUUGAGUUUUUAGGGAGGCCUAUUCGGCAAGCAUGUGUCUUUCUACUAAGUUUAGUAUAUUUGUUAGUAUAAUUUAUGGUAUUGAUUAUUAUCAUAUUUGCACUUGUAUUUGUUAAAAACAGAGCAAAUCUGUUUGCAUGAGCAUUUUGGGGAGUAAGCUCAUAUAAAGUCACAUAAAUUGUCAAAAACGAAUAAAGUGAUUCAAAAAUAAUUUUAAAUUUUCCGAUGCUCAUCGAUUUAGAAAUUGCUUUUACCAGAUCUUGUCCAAGAAAGUGCAAAAAUAUAGAUGACAGCUUUGGCGCUUUGUUUGUGCUGUAUAAGAAAAAAACAUGCUGGCUUGUAUAUCAUCUCUGCUUCUGUAUCAUAGGCUUAAACUCUUUGAAAGCAAAUGAACACUGGUUAAAUAAUUUGAAAGUUGAUUCGUUGAUCUCUGUUAAGUGAGAACGCCGUUUUACUCGAGCAUUCAAAUAUAUGUAUAGCUCCUGCAAUUCGGCAGUGCUGAAACAUAGUUGAUUUUCAUGCUAAUAUCCUUAAAUUAGUCCAAGAGUAAACAGACCCUUGAAAGAAUGUCAUGCGUUCAAUACAUUGAGUUUAUAUUAGCCUUAUUGUUCAACAGUUAACACCUAGGCUUGUAUGAUACCAUUCUGAGCCAUGUGUCCACCAACUCUGUUACGGGAUGCUUUUUUCUUAGAACUAACUCGAGAUUCGAAUAAAAAUAAACCGUAUAAAAUGCAUUUUUAGAUGUCUACUGUGGUGAUAAUCUGACAAAACAGUACAUUUGAUUGUUAUAUUUGCCUAACCUGAGUGUGUUGUUUGUUUAUUGACAACUGUUUAUGUGAUUGAUUUAUUUAUUCUUGUAUAACUUAUCGUUUAUGUUUGCUAGUCAAACAUGGAUAGAGUAUGCACAUUUUUGGUUCUAGAUUAUGGUAGUUAAAGAAUAAAAUCAAGUAUAAGAUGUA